GGAACACCUAAGGGAAACAUAAGCAACAAAAACAUUUUUUCUUACAUCUUCGCUUUACGUUACUUGUCUAGCUAUGUUUAUUCAACUGAAUGACAGUUUAAAAAGUCACGAGUUGCAACCUUAGAAAUCGAUACCAAAAUCGAUGUGUCCUUUUUCAAAGAAACGAUAAAAACAAGCUUGUUAACUUCUCAACAACUUUACCUCAAGCCUGCCAGCGAGCCAGCCACAUCAUAAGGCUUGUCAUUGCCCUUUUGAACUAGCGUUAGCUAGCUAACAUUGGCUAGCAGACUCUCUCUGCAUCCAGCUGGACUAAGACCGAUAUGUCUUGUUGCCUGACGGAGUUUUGUCGGGUCCAAGAGCUCAAGACAGUUCACGAGUUCUUGUUCCACAAUAAGAAAACACCAGCACCGGAGGGGAACAACAAAAAUCAAACAGAGAAUGACCUGACCUGGGAUAAUUCUGACUGGGGCACAUGGGAGAACCAAGAGGCAAAUGAGGAUGACCCUCCGGCUGAGGAGAAGGAUGCUCAGCCCAUCGGCAUCCCCUGGCUGCAGGACUGUGUUCUGUCGCUCUCGCCCUGCUCAGACCUGCUGGUCGUUGGCAGAGAAACUAAAGCCGUCUUCCUCUCAGCGAGGUGGCGUACGGAUGAGGGCGGGAGAGAGGAGAUGAACCUAGCCGUGUCCUGGAGCGGAACCCUCAGCACAGAGGAAGGAGAAUGUAUUAGCAGUGUGAUCUGCAUACCUCUGGCCAGCCAAAAGAGGAGCUCCACUGGGCGGCCUGACUGGACCUGCAUCGUGAUUGGCUUUACCUCUGGAUAUGUUCGCUUCUAUACAGAGACUGGAGUUCUCCUCCUGGCUCAGCUGCUGCAUGAGGACCCGGUGCUGCGGCUCAAGUGCCGGACGUACGAGAUCCCUCGCCACCCCGGUGUCACCGACCAGCAUGAGGAGCUUAGCAUCCUGUAUCCAGCAGCACUGGUCACCAUUGAUGGCUUCAGCCUCUUCCAGUCUCUGCGUGCGUGCAGAAACCAAGUGGCCAGAGCGGCGGCAGCGGGCAGUGAUGUGGUGCAGCCUCCUCCUCUGGCCUAUAAGAAGUGGGGUCUGCAGGACAUGGACACCAUAGUGGACCACAGCAGCGUGGGCAUCAUGACGCUUAAUGUGUUUGACCAGAUGAAGAAUGCCUCCAUCCUGGGCGGGUUCCACGCGUCUGUGAAGGGCAGCCCCCCCGCCAUGAGCCAGUACAUCACUGUGGGGGGCGGGCCCUACACUGGCUUCUACUAUGCCAUUGAGGGGAGUUCUCAACCUCUCCUGUCCCAUGUGGCCCUGGCUGUUGCCAGCAAACUCACAUCAGCGCUCUUCAACGCAGCCAGUGGCUGGCUGGGCUGGAAGAAGCAGAGUGAGGAGGAGCCCGCACAGAAGCAGAAGCCCAAGGUGGAGCCAGCCACCGCUCUGCCAGUCAGGUUUGGCCUUCCUGACUCUCGUCGCCAUGGAGAGAGCAUCUGCCUGUCGCCAUGCAACACGUUGGCAGGGGUAACGGACGACUUUGGCCGAGUGACACUAUUGGAUGUGACCCGAGGCAUUGCCAUUCGCAUGUGGAAGGGCUACCGUGAUGCUCAGCUGGGAUGGGUCCAGGUCUCAGAGGCGCGGGGGGAGCGUGAGCUGUCCUCCCCCUCCCUCCCCCGACGCCACGCCCAGUUCCUGGUCAUCUAUGCGCCGCGGCGGGGCAUCCUGGAGGUGUGGGGCACUCAGCAUGGGCCCCGUGUGGGCGCCUUCAACGUGGGCAAACACUGCAGGCUGCUGUAUGGAGGCUACAGGCUGAUGGGUGUGAACAGUGUAACGUCUCAGGGCUGGCAACUUCACACCCAGCAGGUGUGUCUGCUGGACCCCACCACUGGAGUCCUGCGCACAGUCACCAUCCCUUUCCACCUGGCGCUCAGUGAUAAGAAGAGUGAGCGUGCCAAGGACAUGCACCUCCUCAAGAGACUCACCAUGCUGCUCAAGAGCAAAGAGGUCGACCCCGAUCUGCUGGAGACUGAGGCUCAAAGCGUGAUCCUGGACAUCAAACACCCUGCCAUCAAAAAACAGGCUUUGGAGUCCUUGCUGGCCAAUAAGAAUGCCCCGGUCUCCUGCCUCGCCAACGUCACACGCGCUCUAUUGGACAGCCUGAAGGACCUAGAUCCAGAGGCGGUAGAUGAGUCUCUCCUCCAGCUCUGCUCCUCCCAGCUCAAGCUCCUGCAGCUCUACUCACACAUCCAGCUCCUUCACACAGAGGCCACUGAGGAGGAGUGUGAGACAUCUCCAGGCAUUGAGGAGGACCUGGCUCGCGUCAGCCCAAUCCUGCAGCGUUAUGCCGAGCUUACGUCCCGCCCCUCCGUCUCAUUCGCUCAGGAAUCUGGCCCACUUCCUGUCCGGGACUUCCUGUCACUGAUGGAAUGUGACGGGGAGGCUAUAAAAAUUGUCCAGGGGCAUCAGAGUGACAACUCACCUCUGGGGAGCUUCCUGCUCUGGGGCUGUGUGUCUGGUCAGAGUCCCAUACAGAAAGUGUGUGACACACUCCAGGAGAGCAAAAUCAGCCCACAGAAUCUUCUGACUCUCCUGCUGAGCGUGUGGUUAAGCAGAGAGAAGGAGGUGCUGAAACAGCCUGACACUGUCAAGAACCUCCACACACUGCUGACCAGACUCAGCGCAAUGAAAGGUGCUGUGGAGGAGUCGUGGGACGGCCAGUGUGUGUGUCCGUGGUGGCAGCAGGUGCGGACGGUGUGUGUGCAGUCGGAGAACUCUGGCGCCGCCCUGCUGGCGGCCCUGGUGGCUCACCGCGCUGCCAAGAGCUCCAUCACCAGCCUAGCUGAAAGCAAGUUCCAGUCGGACUGGGUGGCGGUGUCUCUGGAGCUGGAGCAGUGGGUGGUGUGUGUGCGGCAGCUGGAGGACGCUCUGGCCCUGCAGACGCUGCUCAGCCUGCCCUCCCCUCAGGGCUCACCAGGGGGCGCCACGCCGCGCUGCUCAGUCAAAACACUACUGGAGAGCGGCAGAGGUGGUGUGGCGGACAGCGUGGCCAAGGUGCUGUUCAGACAGGCGCUGGCCCCCGCCGCGCUGCGGGACGUCCUGCAGAGGAGGGGCCAGACGGCCGACCCGGAGCAGCCCACGGAGCGCACGCCGCAGGACAGCGCCGACAACAGCGCCAACAACAGCGCCGACAACACACUCCAGCACAGGAUAGAAGAGCUGCUGCUGUGUGUGUGUCAGCGAUUUCCAGACUCCCUUUCCCCUGACUUGCUCUUCGCACACUGCUGCUGGGAGUAUGUGGUACAGUGGAACAAGGACCCAGAGGUGGGUAAAAAUCUGGAGUUUUCAGUUGAGCACCUCAAGAUGAUUUCCAGUUCUCACAUACAGUUGGGUAUUGCAUUGAUGAUGUGGACCACCUUCAUUGUGAAGCGCUAUUCCGCAGCGGCUUUUCUAAUGGAAAAGGUUGGAAAAGCUCCUAAAGACAGACUCUGCAGACGAGACGUGGGCAUGGGAGACAGUGCGAUGACCUCAUUCUUUGGCGCCUGUGUGCAGCUCCUGCAGAUUCUCAUGGAGGCGGACGCGUGUGUGGAGGAGGAGUCGGCGCCGCUGCUGUGCGUGGAGGAGGUGUGGGUGGGCGCCGAGGGCCCCGUGUCGCUGGCCGAGCUGGCCCUGGAGCAGCGCGGCGUCCACUACCCGCUGGUGCAGCACCACUGCCUGCUGGCCUCCCUGCUGCACGCCGCCAUGACCUUCGGCCUCAAGGUCAAGCCCCUCAGCCUCUUCGACAGCAAGGGGAAGAAUGCCUUCUUCAGGGAUCUGACCUCCAUUCAGCUGAUGCCCAGUGGGGACACGGACCCCAGCCUGGUGGCCCUCAGGCAGGAGUUCCUGUUGCGAGUGCUGACGGGGUGGGUGAAGGCCCUGGGAGAUGCUCAGGGUGGUGGAGGUGGUGCUGGUGGUGGAGGCGGUUUGUGUGGGGACAUCUGGCCCGAGAUGUGUUUGGAGCUGGCCACACUGCUGCAGGUCAACCCCGACAUCACCCGCAGACACCUGGUGUGUGAGCUCUACAACCAGGGCCUGGACACACGGGCCGAAGAGCUGAUGUUGGAGGUGGAGGAUAAGGACGUGUUGGGCUCCCAGCUGUUGGUGCUGGCGGGCCAGAGGCUGUGCUUCUCUCUGCUGCACAACACCACGCAGACCCGCCCCGCCAUGGAGCUGCUCGCACGACUGCCACCCACGCUGUGCACCUGGCUCAAGGCCAUGGACCCCAGUGAGCUGCGUUGCCCCCAGGUCCCCCUGAGCCAGAGCAGUCGCCUGGUGAGCCGCCUGAUCGAGAUCCUGCCGGAGAACCACGCCCAGUACAGCCUGGCCCUGCACCUGCUGGAGGCCGUGGAGGUGCUGGGGGACGAGGACUGAGGAGGGAGGACCGAGACGGGAGGAUGGAGGAGGAGGAGGCGGAGAGGAGAGGAGAGAAGGAGGGAACAGCGGAGGAGUGGAUAGAUAGAUAAUGACUGAAUAAAAAAGACUUAAGGAGGAACGACGGAUGUCGAAAACAGAGGACAACUUCUUACUCGUCCUCCGCCUCCUCAGUGGUAUUCUUCACUCAUCUCCGUAGUUUCGCUCACUAACCAACUCACCCACAGGCCCCGCCAGCACACACACGCAGUUCCGCUUCCUUUAAUCAAGAGUGUUAGAUGUUUGUGCUUUAGCCAUCGUUUCCGCUCUCCACCGGUCAGAGUGCGUCUCUGAGCAUAGAGGUCAGUCGGUGGUCAGUCAUGUCAACAAAAGUGUAUUUUCUACAUGUGUUUAUUUUCUUCUUUUUUUUUAAAAGGCUCGAUUCAUUCUUUCUCGUAUCGUCAUUGGUGUUUAAUCCAGCCUCUCUGCAGCUCUGUGAGUCUGUCCAUCCUUUUUUUCUUUAAAAGGUGUGCCUGUGCCAUUAGAAUUCCUUCCCUCCAGCGAAGGAGGGAUGGCGAUAAAUAAUGUAAGAUAAACAAAAAAAAAAACGAUUGAGGAACGAACGAAUGAAUCGGCGAGCGGAUGACCGUAAACGUCUCUUAUUUUCUCUUGUAUUUAUAUGCAGUACUGUACUAGCUCCUGCCACUUCUCCAGAGCGACUGGGCUCACUUAUGCAGAAUAAAGACUAGUGGUGUACACACAG